ACUAAACGCGUUGAUCACGAUUAUUUUUUUUUAGAAAAGUAUUGUGAGUUUGAUGAAUUGAGAAGGAGAAACGGUCUACGCCAAAAGAAUUGGAAGACUUUUUUGUGGUCUCCAGUCUUGAAGUUCUACUGGUAAGACUGAAGUUUGAAGACCAGAAAAACACCUUAUAUUCUCCAGUCUUAGCUCUCUACCGCCCAAAAAAGUAAAGAAUCAAAAAGAGUUCGUAUUUUGGCGUUUGGGUAUAUCAAGAAUCAUCAGUCGACACAACUUUCAAGUACCCUUUUUGGAUUCUUGGUCAUUUCUACUGGAAGGAGCAAAAGGGUUUGCAUUUUGGCUUCUGGUUGUAUCAAGAAACAGGUUUUUAUGGGGUGUGAUCACCAGUUGAUUACAAUUGUUGAGUACCCUAUUUUGGUAGAAGCCUAGGAGUAAAGAAAGUCUCUGUCUAUUAAUCAUAUUGUGGUUGAUGGGGUUUUGAGCUUAGGACUUUGGUAACAACUAUGGCAGCAAUCUUGAAAAGUUUUUUCCCGGUUUCUUCCUCUAAAAAGGAGGAUAAUCAUGAUGAGUUUGAUGUAGAAUACUCCUUUGCUGAGGAGUAUUGUGGUCCUCCUGUUAGUUAUGACAUUCCUCAGGUGGUUCCGGUUGAUGUACACCGGAUUCCAACUGCCUCAGUAGUUGCUACUGCUGCUAUGUUGAGUAAAAAUUUUUCACUACCAGUUAUUGAACCGAUUGUCAAGAGUGAUACCAAAUUAAUCAAGAAUCAGAAGUCAAAGGAGUCAGAUUUAGGCUCUGCAUUAACUUCUGUUUAUGUUGAUGAUGAAAAAUGUGUCUUAGAAUCAGAGUGUGUUGAGAAUGAUCAUGCCUGUAGAGCAUCAGAUGGAAUUGAAAGUUCUAGUACCUUAGGAUUUUCCGACAGUCAUGAUAACUCCCGUGAGCUGUCAGGAAGUUCGGAUAUCGAGGACCUGGUAGAUGAAUGCAAGGAAGAAGUAAGAUUUGUGAGUCAUCCGAACUCCGUUGGCUUAGAAUCUGAGGAACCAAUUUUGAGCUCUCCAGAUGUUUCCUUAAAAGUAUUGUCUUGUGAAGAGGUGGAAGAUUAUACUGAUGAAGUUGCUGUCAACCAAGGUAGCAGAACAGCUUUUGUGACUUUCUGUGAAACUCAAUCAAGUGAUAUUUCUACUGAUAGUGAUGAAGAGGAGCCAGGAAUGUUUCCCGAAAAACCAAUCGUAAGCAGUGAUUCCAACAAGUGUUUUUGGUGUCAUAAAGGGAAACGAUUCACUGAGAGGGAAGGAUGCAUAGCUUGUGGUGCAAAGUAUUGUAUCAAUUGUGUGUUGAGAGCAAUGGGGGCAAUGCCCGAAGGAAGAAAAUGUAUUACUUGCAUUGGUUACCGUAUUAAUGAAUCAAAGCGAGAUUCUUUAGGUAAGUGUUCUGCAAUGCUUAAGAGACUGUUAAGUAAAUGGCAAAUGGAUGAGAUCAUGGAAUUGGAGAAGUCAUGUCAAGCUAAUCAGCUUCCACCCCAUCUUGUGAGCGUGAAUGGGAAACGUCUUUCCCUUAGAGAGUUGGUCGACUUGCAAAGCUGUGCAUAUCCACCAAAGAAGUUGAGACCCGGGAAGUACUGGUAUGACAAGGUGUCUGGUUUAUGGGGAAAGGAGGGACAUAAGCCUUGUCAGAUAAUUUCUCCCCAACUAGCUGUUGGUGAUGCAAUUAAGAAAGAUGCUAGCAAGGGAAACACAAAUAUUGUGAUAAACAAUCGAGAAAUUACGCAAGUAGAGCGCUUUAUGUUGAAGCUGACAGGAAUAAACUGUGAAGGAAGCGUUUGUUUUUGGCUCAGUGCUGAUGGAUCCUGCCAGGAAGAGGGUAUGAACAAUGUAGUUGGAAAAAUGUGGGACAAGACUACACACAAGCUGCUUUGCUCUGCCUUGAGAUUGCCUCUUCCUCCUGAAUCUGCAAAUUCUUCUGAUGAAGAAGUUGGAAGUGGAAUGGAUGCAGGUGACCCGUGCAGCACAGUUACCAAAAAACUAAAUAAACUACUUCUUGCUGGUUGUGAUCAAUCGGGAACAAGUACUCUGUUCAAACAGGCCAAAAUUGUAUAUCGCGUUCCUUUCUCAGAAGAAGAGCAUCAGAACAUUACAUACACGAUUCAAAGAAAUUUGUAUCGAUAUAUUGCUAUACUCCUCGAGGGGCGUGAAAGAUUUGAAGAGGAGUACCGUGUUGAAAUGAGGAAAAAACGGCUUGAUGAACCUGGCCCUUCAGCUCUUCCAGACCUGAUUGAAGAAGAGAAUGUCUAUUCCAUCAGCCCUAGACUGAAAAACUUUUCAGAUUGGCUUCUUCAAGCUAUGAUGUUAGGAAAUUUGGAGGUCAUUUUUCCUGCUGCCACCCGAGAGUACUCAGCCGUAGUUGAGGAGUUGUGGAAGCAUAAAGCAUUUCAGGCCACAUAUCAGCGGAGAAAUGAGCUACAAAUGCUUCCUAGAGUUGCCAAUUAUUUCUUAGAUCAUGCUGUUGAGAUUUCAAAGGUAGACUACAACCCUUCUGAUAUGGAUAAGUUAUAUGCUGAGGGCAUAACUUCGUCCAAUGGGGUAGCUUGCAUGGACUUUUCGUUCCCUAAUCCAACUCAGGAUAGUUACAUGGAGGCAGUUGAUCAGCAUUCAUCCUCAAUGAGGUACCAACUAAUAAGAGUACACGCGAGCUGCGUAAGGAAAAACUGCAAGUGGUUGGAGAUGUUUGAAGAUGUUGACCUUGUUAUCUUUUGUGUUUCCUUGACGGAUUACACUGAAACACUGAAUAUCUGGAGGAUUACAAUGGAGUUUGCACAAACAAGAUGAUGGAAAGCAAGAAGCUCUUUGAGAACAUCGUCAGUCAUCCAGCUUUUGCCCAGAAACACUGCCUCUUACUAUUGAACAAGUUUGACAUACUAGAGGAAAUAAUUGAGGAGUCUCCCCUUUCUGAAUGUGAAUGGUUUAAGGACUUCAAUCCAGUGAUAAGUCGUCAUCCCAACAACAAGACCAGCAACAACAAUCCAUCAUUGGCUCAACGUGCUUAUCAUUACAUAGCUGUGAAGUUUAAACGCCUAUAUAAUUCCAUAACAGCGCGAAAGCUGUAUGUUUCACAGCUAACUGCUUUAGAGGCUGAUAGUGUUGAUGGAGCUCUUAAAUACAGUAGGGAAAUUCUCAAGUGGGAUGAAGAAAGGCGUAAAGUAAUGCGUGAUUGGACAACAGAGAGCCCUGAGGCUAGCUCAACUCUGGAGGCCAGCACAACUACAUAGUUAUCAUUCUUUUGUUGAGUCCACUUUGCCUUUUGGCUGUACAUAGGAGGAAUUCACUUUACUAAAAUGUACUAAUUUUUUUCCUUCUGCAACAAAGAUGAGGCUCUCUUCUGCAAUUUGCAGAUACAAUCUAGUAAAAGGGCAUUUGUCAUUCAAUGAGAUAUUCAUUCUUUUUAGCUUAA